UGAAUCUACAUACUUGUGUGACACACCUUGCAAUGAUUUUGUUAUACAAAUGUUUAGUUAAAAACUAGCACUUUAACGAUAAGAAAAACAUUGAUGCCGGUCGAGCGGGCAACAUCGUGUUCUUUAUUGUUUAGAGUACAAAAUGUCCGAUGCGAACAGCAAAUCGCCCAUGAACAAUCUGCAGCUACCAAUUACAGCGCAAACCGGGCAAAUGCUAGCGCCAUCCAGCACUGCUCCACAGAAAUUGAACUCCGGUUCCGCGACGGGGAAUCCGCGCAAUAAAUGUGCGCUCAAGCCGGGUCAUUCGCUUAUGGAUUGGAUACGACUUGGAAACUCAGGCGUAGAUCUAGCGGGUACGUGCGGUCGUGUAACACCAGUAAGUAAUGAGGAGUUGGCGCGACAUAAUACACGGGAAGAUGCUUGGAUGGCCAUACGUGGCAAAGUAUUUAAUGUGACUCGCUACAUGGACUUCCACCCGGGUGGAGUGGACGAACUGAUGCGCGGCGUUGGGCGCGAUGCCACUAAAUUGUUCGAUGACGUACACGCCUGGGUUAACUACCAGCAACUGCUUCUGAAAUGCUAUAUUGGUCCUCUGCGUUCGUUAGUAAAAAUGGAUUCUAUACCUGAAGGUAAACAAAUAGGGCCUUUCACCGACUUUGCCAAACCUCCCAGCAAAAAACCAGUUGCCUUCAGCAGCGAGAUAGUGCCACGUUUUGACUGGAUACAGAAACGUCAAGAUGUCACGCUGUAUAUUUAUACGCGCCAACUUUGCAAUCCCGGGCUGUUCGUUUGUCGAAACAAUGCCAAUGCGCUGCAGCUGCAGGUACAAAUCGUAGAUGCGCAUCACCUCUUCGAAUUUGAGUUGCACGGUGAAGUGCAGUGGCCACCGAAGGAUGUGCGUGUGGGUAGCGAAAGUGGCAAAAUCGAGGUAACGCUCACAAAAGUCGAACCUGCAUUAUGGUCUACGUAUGGCGCGCACACGGCGACGAAAUGUUCAGCCAGCGUGUCUGACGAGCUGCUGCAUGAGUAUGAAGUAGUGAAUUGCGUGGAUUUCAAUCAUAAUUCCUUCGAACUAAGUUUGCAUGGCAAGCAGAAUGUUUUGAUGGUACUGCCCAUUGGUUAUCAUGUGACAGUAGCGGCUCUGAUAAACGGAGAUUUGGUGCGUCGUAGUUAUACGCCCGUGAAUGCUAGUUUUUUGCAGCAGAGUACAGUUACCGACGAAAACUAUGCAACAAACCUACAUUUCCUUGUUAAAAGCUACAGAGAUGGCGCGCUUUCGAUGCAUUUGCGCCAACAGAAAGCUGGUCAAAUGUUACUACUCUCAGCGCCGCGCGGUAAUUUUCAUCUGCAACGUUUAUUGGCGCAUCGGCAAAUAGCGAUUAUUGCUGCUGGCAGUGGCAUAACGCCCAUGCUGAAUCUCAUCGAACACCUGUUGAAACGAAAUGCAAACCGCAUCGACUACUUACGCUUAUUAUAUUUUAAUAAAACGCCGGCGGACAUCUGGUGUCGCAAAUAUCUGGAACAAUUGCAUGCGGGUGAUGAGAGAUUUCAGCUGGUUAAGGUACUUUCUGAAGCUGAUACUGAAUGGACCGGGCUACGCGGACGCAUUUGUAAAGAGCUACUCGCCCCACUAUUAACGAAAAAUACGCCAGAAUAUGCUAGUUUUGCUACGAUAUGUGGGCCCAGUGGAUUCAGUCAAGCGGCAGAGGACUUGUUAAGAGAACUGCAAUUUGAUUUGGCAAAUUUACACAUCUUUCAGGGAUAAAAUGCUUUCACAAGUGCAAGUAUAUAGUCUUUUAGUUAAAUAGUAGACGUUCAUUUAUGACUUUGUAGCAUAAUGGUAUUGGUAUUAGUAAAUUUUAACAAUUUACAUGUAUGUACAUUAUAAAAAUA